GCAGCUCGUUCACUUCUGGCUUCGUGGCUUCAUUGAAUUCAAUAGCUGACGUUUAUUUGUCGAUAACGUUAAAAAUGUCGCGUGCAUUAGCUACACUCGUGGUCGCAGUGCUGCUCGGUUCGGAGGCUUUUGGGAAAAGUGUGACGGGACAUUUUAAGAGCGAAGCCGCGAGACAGCAGAAUGGCCAGUUCAUCACUAAAUUCAUGUACCAAGGUGAUACCGGUCUGUUGGUGUGCAGGCUGGACAACUCCGCUCUGGCUACGGAGAAGGAGUCCAGAUUGCUGCUGUAUCAGGACAUGGACUCGGACCUGGACAACCUCAGCUGCCCCGAGAGGCUCGCCAAAGCCCGAUUCACCAUUUCUCUCCACGAAGACGAGCACAACCAGUCGAUCCCUCGUCAGUCCUCCCCUACCACCUGGCAGGCCCUGUAUGCUGACAGAUACACAUGUCAGAGAGGUGCAGUGAUUCCUCACCACGCUGAUCUCAGUUUUACUCUCUUGAUGCUCAACCCCGACUCGGCUGGAAAUCCUCUGGAGCACUUCAGCGCAGAGGAGGCAGGUCUCCAUAGCUUCUACUUCCUGCUGCUGCUGGUCUACUUCAUAGCCUGCUGUAUCUACUGCCGGCCUGUGUACCAGGCUCUGAGGAAAGGGGGUCCCAUGCACACGGUCCUCAAAGUGCUGACCACGGCGCUGGCCUUACAGGGCUGCUCCACUCUCUGCAGCUACAUCCACUUGGCCAGGUAUUCCAGAGAUGGGACUGGUAUUCCUCUGAUGGGCAGCCUGGCAGAGUUCUGGGAUAUGGUGUCCCAGGUGUCCAUGCUGUACAUGCUGCUGAGCCUGUGUGUGGGCUGGACUCUGAGCCGCGGCAGGAAGCCUCAGUCCAGACCUCUGCAGUGGGAGCAGACUCCGGCUUCAACGGCUGUCGCUGUUGGUGGAGGCGUCGUACAGGGAGCGUUGCUGCUGUGGGAGCAGUACUCUAAAUCAGAGAGCCAACACCACAGCUACCACAUCCAGCAGAGUGUUGCAGGCCUCCUCCUCAUCGCUCUGAGGGUGGGCCUGGCCCUGCUGCUGGCCUCCGUCCUCUACCAGAUCAUCUCCACCGAGAGGAGCACCCUGAAGAGAGACUUCUACCUCUGCUUCGCCAAGGGAUGCUUCCUGUGGUUCCUCUGUCAUCCCGUCCUCUUCCUCCUGUCGGCCGUCUUCAACGACCACCAGAGGGAGAAGGUGGUGACUGUCGGUGUGAUCCUCUGCCAGUCCAUCGCCGUGGUGGUCCUCUACCAGCUCUUCCUCUCCCGUUCCCUCUACUGGGAGGUCUCCUCCCUCUCCUCCGUGUCUCUGCCACUCACCAUGUCCCGGACGAACCACAGGGGGCGCUACUGAAGCACGAAAAGGGAGAACGCGACACCCUUCACCUCCCGCUGUGAGGAGGGAGACCUCCUGAGCAUGAAGAAGCAAAUUACCAGGGCGCUAAAGCACGGGUCACAAAAUGACCAGAGGACGAUAUUAACUGCAACACCCUACCUCUAGUCUACGUGGUGGAAACGUGUACUCGCAGGCUGGAGGUAGAGACCAGGAGGACACAAGAUCAGCAUGCUGAUCAGAGAGGUUUGUCGUGUUCAAGGAAACGUCUCUGCAAGCACACCAAUACAGUCGUUGUGCUCUUGGCUUUGAUAAUCACUGCUACUAUAAAAGGAAGAUGCAAAGCACAGGGAAGCGUUGCACCACUGCUCGGUUAGAUUUAGGGAUGGAGUGUUACUGAACGCAUCCUUGUCAUUCAACUUGUCUGACAUGGAGCGUUGAUGUAUUUAUUCAUUGUGUAUUUAUUUUAUUUGGAAAGGGAAUGGUGGUGUGCAUUAAAGCAGUAUGUGUGUUAUCUGGGCAGUAUGUAUGUUACUGUCAAUUUUGUCCAACUAUGACAAUCUUAUUCUCACUAACAAAAUAUGAGGCGUAAACAUUGACUCCUCGGAUUUUUAGAUAUGGUUACAGUGCAAGUUAAUUAAAAUAAAAACAACAAACAAGUGUCCAGUCAUUCCUUUUUUGUGUAUUCACACUUGCACAUGAACAUGCACAUU